AUGGCGGCGUCCAGGAAAGUAGCAGUCGCUUCGGUGUGCUUAGUAUUAUCCUUGAUAUUACUGCAAUUUUACGUCACUUCUCUGCACAAAGAACUCAGAGCGAAGAUUUUGAGAGCUCAAAUAACGACAUUUAUGUCUGGAUUAAUUUCCCUGGCCUGCUGGUACCUUUACAGACGUUUACUUGCCGAAAAUCACACCGUGCUUGCCUGUCCCAGUCGGUUGCUGUGGACGCUAUGGAAGAGCGUUGUUAUAUGUUUCCUCCUGUGUGCACAGGUGACUUACGCCACAAACCUAUUUUUCAUCACCACUGAUCCUCAGUGGAUCGCCAUGGUUUGCUAUAUAUGUUUAGGUACACUUAUCCAACUUGUAUGCUGUCUUCUCGUGUGUGAUUUAAUCGAGAUCGGACUGAGAGUGUUAAGGAGAGGUCGCCAGUAUCAGCAGAACCAGAUAUCCCUUAAAGCUCAACAAACAAGAACCGUUGUGGCUAUAUUGAUAGCUCUGAUGUUAUCAGCGCGUGGUUUGACAGUUGGCUUAUCUCCACCGCCCCUUAAAAAGGUGACCAUCCCAAUGACCAAGCUCCCCAGGAGUUUUGAUGGACUUACUGUAAUACAGUUGUCAGAUAUACACCUUGGACCCACAGUGGGCAGGAGCCGCCUGCAGGACGUAGUGGACAGAGCAAUGGCAACUAAACCUGAUGUCAUUGUAAUCGCUGGAGACUUGGUGGAUUCAGUCGUUAAGAAGCUUGGAGAAGCAGCAGAGCCAUUGAAACAAUUACAGGCCCCAUAUGGUGUUUAUUUUAUUACAGGCAAUCAUGAGUAUUACACUGGAGAUGUGGAUGCCUGGUUUGACAAGUUACGGUCUCUAAAUGUGCAAGUUCUCCACAAUGAAAAAGCAAUUCUUCAAAACCAUAAGCAACCAGAAGACACAAUUUGUCUGGCAGGUGUUGAUGAUAACACUGCAGAUUCCUUUGGAUAUGAUGGCCAUGGUGAACACCUGGACAAAGCUUUAGGGUCAUGUGAUCCAGAUCAACCAAUCAUAUUGCUGGCUCACAAACCAUCAUGUGCGAAGCGUGCUCUACAAAGCAAAUACAAUGUAAAUCUGGUUCUCUCAGGUCACACACAUGGGGGUCAAUUAUUCCCUAUGAUAAUAGCAGCAUAUUUAGUGAACCCGUAUUAUGUGGGCCUUUACCGCGUCAGUGACCACGCCCAUGUUUAUGUGUCCCCAGGGACCUUUUACUGGGGGAUACCUAUGAGAGUUUUCACAAGUAUGGAGAUUACACAUAUAACACUGCAAGCUACAUGGUAGCCUAUUAACAAAUAAAAAACUUAUUUUAAUUGUUUUUUUUUUUCAGUGUAUCAGUCCAUAUGGAGAUUAAGGAUAUUACGUCAUUUGUUGAUUUUAUGUGUCACUAAAUUAAAAAAUGUCUGGUGUAUAUUUUAUUUAAAUAUUAGAUGAAUAAAUUACUAUUAUAAUCAGUAAAAUCAUUCUCAUGGUUUAAGCCCAUUGUGUGGUGAGUUUUCUUAAUAUAGAUUCCCAACUCCAAUAACAUUUUCAUCAAAAAUAAGAGAAA